AUGCAAUUUGGUGAGGCGUUAACAAAAGUGAAGAAAAUAGCAACGGGUUAUUAUAUCGGCGGGAUUAUAUUGUCUGUUGCUUUCUUCCUUUUAAAGGUUACGAAUGGCCUGUGUAACUUUGUUUUUGGUGCGGAAGAUGAAUGCGGUCUUGAUCGAAUGGAGCGUGAGAUUAUGAUAUCCCUUGCUAUUAUGAUAUUCUAUAAGAAUAGAAAGGCAGCAAACUGGAUGCACUGUUUAGCGAAUAUGUUCUUGUUCUGCAAAUUAGCCAAUAUUUUCUUAUUUUUGCGAGCCGACGUUAUUGUUGGUGUUGUUUACAUCUGUGCUUGUUUAAUACAUUCCGUUUUCUAUCCGGAACCAAUUUGUGCAGAAUCAGAAAGAACAGUUAUUUAUAACAACACGGAAUUAUACGAGGAAAUUCAACGAAAUACAAAAAUGACUUGGUUAAUUUAUUUUUAUACCUCCUGGUCACCAGAAUGCAAGCAUGUUUCUCACGUCUUUGCCCAGUUAAGUGAUAGGUUUCAUUUGCCAAAUCUAAGAUUUGCCAAGUUAGACGUGGGAAAAUGGUCUCAGGAGGCGAAUCGAUUUCGUAUAAAUAUACAUCCAACCAGCAGACAGUUACCGACGAUUUCGUUAUUCAAAGAAGGUAAGGAAGUACAGCGACGACCUACAGUAUAUAACCGACGUGCUCUACCUUUCGUUUUCACUAAAGAGAAUUGUAUCCUUGCAUUUGAUCUCAUUAAUUUGUAUGAAGAAUGCAAGUCAAACAUGACAAGGCACGAAAAAGAACAGUUCAUGAAUGCACAAUCGAAAAAAGAACAAUAA